CCCGUGUCACCUCCCCACGCGGGGCCGCUUCCGCUCCCGCUCCACCCGCGGCGGCGGCGGCGCACGGAGCCCGGGCCGGGGCCAGAACCGGGGCCGGAACCGGAGCAGGGCUGACCGGGGCGGCAGGACACCGGCGGCAUGUUUGCUGUCUGCCCGGCAAACGCCCCAUUCCGGCAGGGCCGGGGGGGCCCGGCGCUGGGCACGGCCCUGCCGGGGGCGGGACAUGGGCCGGACUCCAACUCCAACUUCGUGGGAGAGGUGUGUGACAGCAACGAGAACUGGAGCCAGGCAGCGCCGGGCUCCGCGCCGGAGGAGGGCUCCAGCCGGAGCGAAAACACCACAAAUCCGUCUGAUAAUCUGCUGUUAUUAAUGCACAGACAGAUGGCCCAGGGCCGGCUUAGGGACACCCCCCCGGGCCUGGGCGACACCCACCCCGGGCAGGGGGUGCGCAGCCCCCCCGAGGGAGCCGAGGUCGGCGGGGCAGGGAGACAAAACGCCGCCGAGGAGGCGGCCGGGGGGUGUGUGAAGCCCCCCAGCUCCCCCGCGGAGGACAACGGCUACGCCAGCAGCUCCCUGAGCAUCGACAGCCCCGACAGCACCUGCAGCACCCCCUGGGACCCUCCUGCCCCUGCCCCCCGAGCCCAGAGCCCCCCUGAGGCAGGGCUGGCUGAGCCUGAGCUGGGCACGCUCUUCCCGGCGCUGGCGGAGGCCGUGCAGCACCUGCAGGACAAGGAGCGCUUCAAGGAGCAGGAGAAGGAGAAGCACCACGUCCAGCUGGUGAUGUACCGGCGCCUGGCCCUGCUGCGCUGGAUCCACGGCCUGCAGCAGAAGGUUGUGGACCAGCAGAACCGGCUGCAGGAGAGUUUCGACACCAUCCUGGAUAACCGCAAGGAGCUGAUCCGCUGCAUGCAGCAGGGCCCCGCCUGCAUUGCUGCUGCGGCUGCUCCUGGCCCCUGAGGUGCCACCAGCCCAGCCCAGCCCUCUGGAUGGUGUGGUGUUGGCAUCUCCAUCCUGUGCCAAGCACCCACCGGGGCCCUGGGUGCCCACCCUGCCCUUCCCAUCUGUCUGCAACGCAGCCAAGAGUCCCCGAAGAGUUCAUCUCCAUCAUCCUCUGCACUGGAAUUUGUUUUGGUCCUGCUCAGGUCUGGGCUGGGUUCACCUCAGGACUGUGGGGUUUGCUGAGCCCGAGGUGACGGGGCUCAUCUUUAAACCUGACCCAGUCUAUUGUUGAGCCUGGCUUAGCCACACCAGUGCUGGGAUGGCCGUGCUGGAGCAGUGAGGGUCCCAGGGCAGUGAAGCUUCUAAACUUCCCUGGGCAAAGCACUUCCAGCAUGUGCUGCAUCCCCACAUCCCACCUGCACUAGUGAGUCCUGCAGCCACAGCCCAGCCCCUGGUAAACAUUGCUUGUUGGUGAGAGUGAGGUGUCCUGGGCUGUAAAAGAGAAAAAAAAAAUCUGAAAAGUGACCUCAGAAUGCUGGGAAGUAAAUUUAAGUCAAAUGAUCCAAGACAAUGUAUGUUUUUAAUGUCAGUAUUAGAGAAAAAUUAAUUUAGGUUUAUGUGUGUGUGCAUGUCUGUCUGCUGUGGGCAAUGCUCUCACUCAGUGCAUGAUCCCAAAGCUGCUCAUGACCUUGUGGUGUUGGUGUUUAUAUUAAUUUAUCAUUUGGGAGCAAAAAGUUGUUUGUUUUUUUUUUUUUGAAUCUGUAUUUUAUCCAGUGAAAGCUGUACACAGAACCCAAAGAGCAAUUGUGUUACCUGGAGAUGGAAAAGGAGCUGCUGUGUGUGUUUGCUGUGCUUUGCUGUGCAUCCCUAGGACACACAUUCCAUCUGAGUGCUGGUGUGCAGGAGCAGCAGUGGGCACUGGGGGCUCAGCCAGAGGGGUCUGCACUCCCUGUCCUGCCCUGGUUGCCACUGAUUCCAUUUCUCAUCUGCAAAGGAGGGCGAUGAGGGAUUCCAGAGAUCCCUCCCAGCCAAGCUGCUGCCUGCCAGCAGAGGAGCCACUUCACCAGGAGCCCAGGGAGCAGCAGGACCUGCAGCCUGGUCAGAUCCUGGCACCCUCCGGAUGCUCCUGGACUGUGGAUGAACAACUUGGCCAAGGCCAGCAGUGCCCCAGGGGCAGCAGCAGCCUCCUCCUGCCCCACACGGGGCACAGCCAGGCUCUGCACCCCGGGGUGAAGUGGGGAGAUCCACAAAAACCCUCUUCCAGAAAGGACAUUUUGGUGGCAAGGGGUGCACUCAGCUCUCAGCAACCUGUGCCAGUGCUGGAGGAUUCUGGCAGCUUCCAGCAAGGCCCGUGCUGCCCUCACCUCCCUUGUGCCCGCUCGUGUCCAGCGCCUGCUCCUCCGUCGUGUCCGGACCUGUGAUCGUGGGCAUGUUGCACAUCUUAAUAAAAGCCUUGGAGCUGAA